GUGGGGUUCAAAUUCUAAUUCUAAAGAAACUUAGGAGAUGUACCUAACUAACUACUUUUGCUUAUGUAAUACCAAAAGAACCUUGUUUCCUUCUUCAUCAUUAUCAUCUUUCAUUUCAUUCGUUCUAUAAUUAGCUACAUUUCCUUAUUCUUACCAAAUCAAUUUUGGAGGUUUGGAAGACCAUAACUCCAAUUCCAAUUCCAAAGGCGCAUGCUUGUUGCUUUGGCUAGAUGUGGUUGUGGAUUUAGUUUCAAAGAUCAUUUCAAAGCAACAAUGUUACGUAAGAUUUAGUUUGGAGAUUGAAAUGGAGGUUCUUGCUCCUCAGCCGCGAAUCCGUUGUGUCUUCUUCACCGACAAACCAACCCAAUACAAGCAAUCACGUCAUCUUCCCUCGGCUAUUAAAGUUGCCCACCAUGCGCUCGAUGAAAUUCCCCUUUCAGACACCUUUGCUUGGAAUAAGCUGAUCCAAACCCAUUUAACUACUGGGGAUUCACACCGUGCUCUCUCCAUUUAUCACCAUAUGCUGCUCCGCGGUGUUCGCCCCGACAGGCAUACUCUCCCUCGGGUCUUAGCUGCUUCUCGCCUCUCUGGUCAUUUAUCCCUCGCUAAACAACUCCAUUCCCAGGCUCUCAAACUUGGUUGCUUCCAGGACCAGUAUGUCUUUACCGCUCUUCUCCAAGCCUACGCCCAUCUCGAUCACAUUAAUACCGCAAAAUUGCUCCUUUACAAGCCCCCUCGUAUGGACUCGGUUCCUUGGACUCUGCUUGGAAGCUUGUGCAUUAGUAGAAACAAACCCAGUUUGGCUAUAGACUUGUUUCAUGAAAUGUUGGACUUGGGAGCUCAGAUAGACUCAGUGGCACUGGCAACAGCCAUUGAAGCUAGCGCCAUGUUGAAGUCGUUGAAACAUGGUAAGAAUCUUCACCAGGUUGCUAGAAAAUUUGAGUUGGAGUUUGAUGUCUUGGUCAGUAACUCGCUCUUGAAAAUGUAUGUCGAGUGCGGCAGCCUCCAAAUGGCUCGAGCUACUUUUGAUCAAAUGCCAGUAAAAGAUAUCAUUUCCUGGACUGUAAUCAUCCGUGCAUAUGUGAAGACUGGAGGAUACAAUGAGGGACUUAAACUGUUUCGUUUAAUGGUUAUGAAUGGACUGAAGCCGGAUCCUCUCUCAGUGUCUAGCCUUCUCCCGGCUUGUGGGAGGAUGGCCGCUAGUAAGCAAGGCAAAGAGAUUCAUGGUUACUUGCUAAGAAAUGGGGUAGAGUUGAAUGUCACAGUUCUUAAUGCUGUUAUGGACAUGUACGUUAAGUCAGGCUGCAUUGAGUCUGCUUCGCGAAUUUUCAAACGGUUGAAGUACAAAGACUUGGUUUCAUGGACUGUGAUGAUAAUGGGGUAUAGCUCACAUGGACAAGGCCAGCUUGGUGUAGAUUUGUUUCGGGAGAUGGAGAAGAAAUCGGGAUUACAGAUAGACCAAACAACAUAUGGAGCUGUCCUGCGUGCUUGUACUACUGCACGCAGGGUUGAGGAGGGUAAACUAUACUUCAACUGUAUUAAGUCGCCUAAAGUUGAACACUAUGCUUUGAAUGUAGCUCUUUUAGCAAACUCCGGGAUGUUUAUUGAGGCAAUGGCUUUUAUUGAAAAACAAAAGAUAGGAAAGCAUGCUUUGGUACAGAGAGCUCUGCUGGAUGGCUGCAGGGUUCACCAGAACAAAAAAUUAGGUAAGCGGGUGAUGGAGAAGCUUUGUGAAUUGGAUUCUCUUAAUGCUGAGAACUACGUGUUGUUGUCGAACUGGUAUGCUGAAAACUCCAAAUGGGACAUGGUUGAUGAGGUUAAAAGAAUGGUUGGAGACAUGGGUUUGAAACCUAAGAAAGCUUAUAGUUGGAUAGAACUGAGAAAUAAAGUUCAUGUGUUUGGGACUGGAGAUGUGUCCCAUCCAAGAUCAGAAGGAAUAUACUGGGAGUUGCAGUGUUUAAUGAAGAAAAUGGAGGACGAAGGACACAAGCCUAAAGCAGAUUAUAGUUUUCAUGAUGUUGAUGAAGAGAGAGAAUGCAUCGAGGUUGGACACAGUGAAAUGUUGGCACUUUCUUUUGGGCUCAUUAGUACACAAGCCGGUGCACCUAUUCGUGUGACUAAGAACCUUCGUGUAUGUCGGUUUUGCCAUGACUCUGCCAAGGCAAUAUCUGGGAUUGUAGGACGAGAAAUCAUACUCAAGGAUCCGAAUUGUUUCCACCAUUUUCGUGAUGGGUUUUGUUCAUGCAGUGAUUUCUGGUGAUUGAGAAGGGCAACAAUCAAUCUAGUUCUUUUAGCACUAGACUUGAACGAACUCCAUCCAAUAACACUCUUUCAUUGUAGUCAGCUAUGACAACCUUGUGUAAUUUCUCAAUAUUCGACUGGUAUUCGUGUGAAGUUUAGCACUGAAGAUCAUUCUCAACAAGCUGGAAAGAAGUUAGAAAAUCUAGUUGAUUAUCUGAGGAUUCUAAUAACAAUACAAUUUUGUAGCAUGGGAUCAUAGAUGGUGAUGAUAAUAAAAUAUUAGUGUAUGAGAAAGCGUAGAUCAUCUUUCAUUAAUGUGUAUACAUCUUAGAUAUUAUAUGGGAUUUGUUUUGGUCUA